UUUGUGGCAUCUUUCUUCUUCUCAUUUGUUGUGCUCAUGACUUUUACCGACGGGGACGGGAAGUGUGUGAUCGAUAAGUUCACUUAUGCAGCUCGUUAUUGUGAAGAAGCUGGCUUCGAUGGUGUACAGCUGCACGCAGCACACGGUUAUCUGAUAUCGCAGUUCAUGUCACCGACAACCAACAAACGCUCUGAUCAAUACGGUGGAUCGUGUGAGAAUCGUACGCGUAUUUUGUUGGAGAUUUACGAUGCGAUCAAGAAGGUGGUUAAGAGCAAUUUCAUUGUCGGUGUGAAAGUGAAUUCGGUUGAAUUUCAAAAAGAUGGAUUGAAACCGAAAGAUGCGCUCGAGAUCUGUAAACUGAUCGAUAAGGCUGGAUUUGAUUUCAUUGAACUGUCUGGUGGUACCAUUGAAGAGUUCGCAUUCUCACAUAAACGUGAGUCGACGAAACUGAGAGAGGCGUUCUUUUUGGAUUUUGCCGAGGAAAUUAUUCGACAUAUGCAAAAUUGUAUCGUCUAUGUUACGGGUGGUUUUCGUACGGCCAAGGGUAUGGCAAAUGCCGUCAAAAACGGUUCAACGCAUGGAGUUGGCUUAGGCCGGCCGAUCACACAAGAACCUGAUCUACCGAAAAAGAUUUUGGGUGGACUUAGUGAGAGGGCCAAGAGAAGUCUGUUGAAUGAGGACGAUUUUGGACUGACCAAUAUGGCGAGUAAUACACAAAUGGCACAGGCGGGCGCAAAACCGUUGAACUCUGAUCCAUGCGAGGGUAUAAUGGACUUAAGCGAUGAGAACACCGUUGAAAACUACAAGAAAGCUGUCCAAGCGUACUCGAAGCAAAUCCAAAAACUGGCUCUUGAAAAUCAACCA